CAUGCCAAAAUAGCUUUGCUAAUUUUGACACGAAAACCGACCGCUGCUGCUGCUGCUGCUAAGGUGCUUCGAGAAAUAGAACGGCCGUAUUCUCAGACGGGAUGUCUGUUGUUUUUGCAACUCUAGAGAAUAGCUGGAAACAAAAUGAACUCUAUAUUUAGUAUAGCACACACACAGCUUUUUUAGUAGUUCCUGCAGAUAACCCACCAUGCAUAUUUGCACUGGGGAAUAUCUGGCAAUCAAAAUGAGAACCUUUUCAAAGUAAAUAUCACGCUGUUUACAAAACAAAACAAGUCAAUUCCAUUCAUCCCCAGGGUUUAAAUGUUUCUCAAUGCUGUGCGCGCGCAGUGACGUAAUGUUUCAUUAAUUACGUCACGAAUGUGGGAACGCGAGCGCUUUAGUAAAAGUUUUGAGAAAAAAAGUAAAGCGAAAAAUGUAGCGGGUUGUCAGCCCCGAAUACGCUAACUCAAAAUGUCUACGACGUCAAGUGUGGACGAACUAUACGAGGAUAGACCCUCUCGGAAUAACAGCUCUCAAGUGGGGCCCGAGGAGAACUCGAAAGUUGUCCCUGGGAGCAAGCCUUUUCAUCCUAAUGCGAUGAAGAAUCGUCUGGAGGAUCAGAUGAACCACGAGGACUUGGAGCUGCUAGAACGGAUCUUCGAGGAGGCGGACGAGGACGGAGGGGGCGGACUUGAUUUGGAUGAAUUCCGGGAGGCGUUGAAGAGAAUCAUCGCCAAUAAGGGCGGGAUAUUGCCUGAUGAGGAGGAACUAGCGAUUAUCUUCAUGAAGGUUGACGCGAAUUGCGACGGCACGGUGGAUUGGGAAGAGUUUUGUUCGUACAUGCUGAUGGAGAAUCAAUUGAAAGAUGUAAUGAGCAGUGAGCUCGGAGUUGAUGCCCCGUUUCCGAAUCCAUUGCGAGAAUUGCAAAGCAGUCAUCGGGAUACGCUCGUACGUAUCUCGUAUUUUCCGAAGAUAUCGUACGGACCUGAAGAUUUUGCAGACGGGAGCUCGGGAAGAUACGUAGCGGUAAGUCGAGAUGGGGUGAUGACAUUUUGGAACAUGGACCUGAACCUUCAGCGUUCAAUCUUGUUAAACGAAGGGCACUACAAUUCCUCCAAGGGCAACAAAACCGUUUGGGUGACUGAUUGCGUUGUCCUGGCGAACGUAAAGAAAAUAGCAGUGUCCACGACCGAAAGAGAUAUUGCUUUUUACGACUGCGCCGCGAACAACUUCGAGAAGCAUUUUGUUGUUUGCGGGUUCCAGCAUUCCGUGCUCUGCAUGGACUACUGGUAUAACCCGGAAAACUACAACGAAAGCGUGUAUUUCGGUGACAUGAAUGGACAAGUUUAUGUUUUGAUUUUCUCGUCAGCAACUACAGGUCUAUUUGAUAUUCAUGUGGCGAAAAACCAGGGCGUGCCAAUGGCGUCGUACUGUCGUAUCAUGUUCAGAGAGCUGGUGAAAGGCUUACACCCGAAUGUGCGGGCUAUGCAGUUCAGCCCGCACGAUGACUGGGUGAAGAAAGUCAAAUACUACCCGAACCUGCAAUGCUUUAUAUCCUGCGCAACGACGAACGACAGAUCGCUGUACAUUGGUGACGCAAUGAGGAAACGUAUCAGUUCGUAUAUCAAUAUACGCAAGGGUGUCCUGUGUUUCGAUUAUUGCAGCACGUGGAAUGUGAUUGUCACCGGUGGGAUAGAUCAUUAUGUUCGCCUCUGGAAUCCCUAUCUGACCACAAAACCCACAUCUACCCUCAAAGGUCACUGUUCUGCUAUAAUCCAUAUUGAAGUGAAUGGUUUGAACGGUCAAUUCAUCAGCGUAUCCCAAGAUAAGGUUUUGAAGGUUUGGGAUAUUCGUGACGUCUGCUGUAUACAAACAAUCCCCAGCCGACUGCUGACGCCAGGCCCUGUUGUUAUAUCAAGUAUCUACUUUAAUGCCAAGAACCACACGCUGUUACUGGGCACGAAUGUAUUGUUCGCUCUUGAGAAGAAAGGUUCAGAGAAAAGCUCAGACGACAAGAAGGAGCGAAGCAGUCACAUCAAACCGCUUUGUAAAGCGUUAUACAACAGUUUGUUUAAUCAGGUAGUCAGUGCCUGUCAUGCGUCUCUUGUGAUUGUCUGGAGUCUCGAAACUGGCGAGAAAGUCAUCCAGUUUUCAAAUGCGCAUCCGAAGUCAGAAAUCACAGCCAUGUGUUUUGAUCAGAGUCUGCGCAGACUAGUAACAGGCGCCCGGGAUGGCUCGGUGAAAAUUUGGAAUUUCAACAACGGCAAUUGUUUGAGGACGUUGACACCUGUGGAUGAUGAGGAGAUUACGGGGAUUGUGUGUACGAAACAGAGGAUCAUUACAGUUGGAUGGUCGAAGAAAGUAGCGAUCUACAAGGACUCUAGAAGCGACGAGGAGGAAUGCGAUCCCAGAGUAUGGAAAAAUUUCCACAAAGACGAUAUUCUUUCCAUCGACCUCUAUGGUACGGGGACUCUGGCUACAUCCAGUUAUGACGGUGAUAUUAAAGUUUGGAGUCUGGAAACAUUUCAAGUGACGUGCGUUCUGAAUGCGAACGAUUACCCACGACGGCGUCGAGCGUCGUGUAUUCCUACGGACCUCAAGAAGAAUAUAAUGGUGAACAACGUGAUCUUCACUGACUUGAAGAGACAAGAAGCUCAGGAAAAGGCCGAGGAUGAUUGUCGUCAUCAACAGCCCGUCAUGAAAUAUGGAAGAAGUAAAAGCUUCUCGUAUCGUCGUCGCUCCAGCGUCGGCUUGCGUCGGGCCAGCAUCGCGAGAAGAAAAAGCAUUGAUCCUCUCUGUAUUAGGGUGAAAGUGAAAGAGACAGACCACGACUCUGGGGUGGAUUGUGUGUUGUUCCUGCAAAAUCGUACCCAUGCAACCGACACGGCCACGCUGCUGAGCACCGGUUGCGGAGGCUGGAUCCGAGCCUGGUGCAUGUUUGGGGGCGGGCUUGCGGGCGAGUUUAUGGCCUCGAAUAAUCACCGUGAAUCGAUCCUGUGUAUGACCAGCAAUGAAAAUAACGAACUGUUGAUGACUGGGGAUACUCAGGGUUAUAUCAAAAUAUGGAACAUUAAAAAGUACUGCAUACGAGAAGAUCAUGUGGACACACAAGCCGGGAAUAAAAACCGUAGUGUGGAAGAAACAUCCGGGGGCAAAAAUCGUAGAUAUGUUAACUUCUCGGAGAACAAGGCCAAGCGAAGUAUUAACACCAAACCACCUCCGCUGGUAUUUUGCUUGCGGACGCAUUUACAACCAAUCAUAAGUAUCGAUUACGUUCCGAGGUAUCGAUUAAUGAUUACGGCGUCCACCGAUUGCUCGUUGCGUUUGUGGCGCGUGAAUGGACAAUAUGUUGGUACGUUUGGUCAGCGUACUUUUUGGAAUCUAGCGGCGGAAGGUGAUGGUGAGGUGCCGUUUGACUUACAGAGAGCUGCAUCAGCAAAUUCCUUGAGACUGAUGCAGUCUUCGUCACGAAAGCGUUGGAGCAUCGCUAAGAGCUUUUUACAAGCGGCAGGGCGACUGACGCUUGUUCGUCCCAAGGUUGGACAAAGUGCGGGUAAUGAACGCGAGUCCAGUGCGACAAAAAGUGCGACCCUGCGCGAGGCGGAAUGUCGCAUCGAUAUGAAUAAUAUUUUAGGUAAGUUUUACAAGCCGAAAACCCGGCACCACAUGCCUCCUAGUCUGCCCAAACUGCGCAUGAACCAGAACCAAAUCGUUGUGUACACGUCACUCAAAUGCAACGAACUUGCGCCAAUCGUGGAGCCCAAGCCCCCGGUCGUGACUUUUCAAACGCUGUCAAAUACCAAACCCAGUCCCAGAGUUCCCUCGUCCAAGUCAGACAAAGAAGCACCGGAUCAUGGGAAGGCUCACAAUCGACUAUCGGCGAUAAGUCCCCGAGACGGAGCUAAAACUCGCUCCCGGAGCUCGUAUGGUACUCGACGCGCCAAGGUACAAGAAUGCUUGUGAAAUUACAAUUGAAAAACGUUUUUAUUUGGGAAACAGGUGUUUUAUACACAUUUAUUUUAGAAAUGUACAACCUGGCACAUUUUAUUUUAAUCCAGAGACCUUCGCUUUCGUCUAGAUCUCAAAUAAUUAUAAGUGUUGUACGUUUUCG